AUGAAGCCCCCACUUGUUGGGAAAGCCAACCUUCUGGAGGAAAAGACUUUGAAAGCGCUGAGAGGCACUGGGGGGCCACUGGGGAGCACGAGAGCACCCAAAAGAGGGGACGGGGUGGGCGGUGAUAAGCACCUGCUUGAAAAAAAGAUGGUCUUUGUUGGCCAGAUGGACUGUCAGUCACAGGAGCUGACAUCAAAGUGCACAGUCAGCACAACACAAACCACCCACUGGAUGGCUCAGGUUCUUUGUCAAGUUAUUCUACAUUUCUUCAUCAUCUUCUUCAUCACCGCCUUCUUCAUCAGGUUCUUCGUCAAGUACUUCAUCAAGUUCUUCAUUAUCUUCUUCAUCAUCUUCUUCACCAGGUUCCUUAUCGGGUUUUUCAUCAGGUUCCUUAUCAGGUUUUUCGUCAAGUUCUUCAUCAUCUUCUUCAUCACCUCCUUCAUCACCUUCUUCUUCAGGUUCUUUGUCAAGUUCUUCAUCAUCUUCUUAAUCACCUUCUUCAUCAUUACCUUCUUCAUCGGGUUCUUCAUCAUCUUGUUCAUCGCUUUCUUCAUCAGGUUCUUCAUCAGGUUCUUUUACUUCAUCAAGUUCUUCAUUAUCUUCUUCAUCAUCUUCUUCACCAGGUUCCUUAUCGGGUUCUUCAUCGGGUUCUUCAUCAGGUUCCUUAUCAGGUUCUUUGUCAAGUUCUUCAUCAUCUUCUUAAUCACCUUCUUCAUCAUUACCUUCUUCAUCGGGUUCUUCAUCAUCUUGUUCAUCGCUUUCUUCAUCAGGUUCUUCAUCAGGUUCUUUUACUUCAUCAAGUUCUUCAUUAUCUUCUUCAUCAUCUUCUUCACCAGGUUCCUUAUCGGGUUCUUCAUCAGGUUCCUUAUCAGGUUUUUCGUCAAGUUCUUCAUCAUCUUCUUCAUCACCUCCUUCAUCACCUUCUUCUUCAGGUUCUUUGUCAAGUUCUUCAUCAUCUUCUUAAUCACCUUCUUCAUCAUUACCUUCUUCAUCGGGUUCUUCAUCAUCUUGUUCAUCGCUUUCUUCAUCAGGUUCUUCAUCAGGUUUUUCAUCGCCUUCUUCAUCAUCAUCUUCUACAUCAGGUUCUUCAUGAAGUACUUCAUCAAGUUCUUCAUUAUCUUCUUCAUCAUCUUCUUCACCAGGUUCCUUAUCGGGUUCUUCAUCAGGUUCUUCAUCAGGUUCCUUAUCAGGUUUUUCGUCAAGUUCUUCAUCAUCUUCUUCAUCACCUCCUUCAUCACCUUCUUUGUCAGGUUUUUCGUCAAGUUCUUCAUCAUCUUCUUCAUCACCUCCUUCAUCACCUUCUUCUUCAGGUUCUUUGUCAAGUUCUUCAUCAUCUUCUUAAUCACCUUCUUCAUCAUUACCUUCUUCAUCGGGUUCUUCAUCAUCUCGUUCAUCGCUUUCUUCAUCAGGUUCUUCAUCAGGUUCUUUUACUUCAUCAAGUUCUUCAUUAUCUUCUUCAUCAUCUUCUUCACCAGGUUCCUUAUCGGGUUCUUCAUCAGGUUCUUCAUCAGGUUCCUUAUCAGGUUUUUCGUCAAGUUCUUCAUCAUCUUCUUCAUCACCUCCUUCAUCACCUUCUUCUUCAGGUUCUUUGUCAAGUUCUUCAUCAUCUUCUUAAUCACCUUCUUCAUCAUUACCUUCUUCAUCGGGUUCUUCAUCAUCUUGUUCAUCGCUUUCUUCAUCAGGUUCUUCAUCAGGUUCUUUUACUUCAUCAAGUUCUUCAUUAUCUUCUUCAUCAUCUUCUUCACCAGGUUCCUUAUCGGGUUUUUCAUCAGGUUCCUUAUCAGGUUCCUUAUCAGGUUUUUCGUCAAGUUCUUCAUCAUCUUCUUCAUCACCUUCUUCUUCAGGUUCUUUGUCAAGUUCUUCAUCAUCUUCUUAAUCACCUUCUUCAUCAUUACCUUCUUCAUCGGGUUCUUCAUCAUCUUGUUCAUCGCUUUCUUCAUCAGGUUCUUCAUCAGGUUUUUCAUCGCCUUCUUCAUCAUCAUCUUCUACAUCAGGUUCUUCAUGAAGUACUUCAUCAAGUUCUUCACCAUCUUCUUCAUCGCCUUCGUCGUCGUCUUUUUCAUCACCUUCUUCAUCAAGUUCUUCAUCUUCUUCAUCAUCGUCUUUACCAGGUUCCUUAUCAGGUUCUUCAUUAAGUUUUUCAGCAGGUUCUUCAUCACCUUCUUCAUCAUCUUCUUCACUUUCUUCAUCAGGUUCUUCAUAAAAUUCUUCAUCAGACUCUUCAUAAGCUUCUUAAUUAAGUCCUUUAUCGGCUACUUCAUCAAGUUCUUCAUCGCUUUCUUCAUCAGGUUCUUCGCCAUCUUCUUCAUCAGUUCUUCAUCAACUACUUCAUCGCCUUCCUCAUCAGGGUUUUGA